AUGAAGCUGGUACCAAUCUUUCUGGUGAUGAGCAUCAGUAUUUGUGGUUAUUCUGCCACUGCCUUUCUGAUCAACAGGGUCCCUCUUUCUAUUGACAAAGUGUUACCAUUACCUUUGGACAACCUUAUUCUCUUAUUUGAUCCUCUGAAGAUGCUUCUGAAAACCCUGGGCAUUUCUGUAGAACAUCUGGUGGAAGGGCUGAAGAAGUGUGUGUAUGAGCUGAGGCCACAGGCUUCAAAGGCUGUAAAGAAGUUUCUGGUAAUCAUAAUUUGUUUUUAUUUCCAUGGGAGAAGCCUUUGCUAA